AUGGACUCCAUCGAGCCGGAACAGACCGCCUUCUCCUCGGUCACGGCGCACACCUCGAAGCUGCAAAGGCAAUACCAGGCGCUCCUCGACCAGUCAACGCCCUUCGUUCUCUACAGAUGGAUCAGCACCGGCUUCUUCCUCCUCACCUUCUUCGCCCGCAUCUUCGUGGCGCAAGGCUGGUACAUUGUCGCAUACGCUCUCGGCAUCUACCUCCUCAACCUGUUCCUGGCCUUCCUGCAGCCCAAGUUCGACCCCUCCAACGAGGCGCUGGACAAUGAGAUGGAGGACGGUGGUGUCGGCAUUCUCCCCACCAAGCAGGACGAGGAGUUCCGCCCCUUCAUCCGCCGCCUCCCCGAAUUCAAGUUCUGGUACUGGGCCACCCGCGCCAUCCUCAUUGCCUUCUUCUGCAGUUGGUGGGAGAUCUUCAACGUGCCCGUCUUCUGGCCCGUCCUGGUCAUGUACUGGUUCAUCCUCUUCUUCCUGACGAUGCGCAAGCAGAUCCAGCACAUGAUCAAGUACCGCUACGUGCCCUUCACCUUCGGCAAGAAGAACUACGCCAAGAACAGCUCCUAG